AGAUAUUGAUCGUUGUUGUCAUAUAUUUACUAAGCUUUUCCACCACCUUCUACAUAUUGUUAACAGAACAUGAUAGCUUUCGUAAUAUUUAUAUUUCGAUCGUUUCAACAUUUGUUGCCAUGACAUCUGGUUUUGAGUAUGAGGAACAAUUUGUCAAAGUUGGAUGGCAUGCGGAGAUUUACGAAGUAAAGAUGGCUGUCCUUAUUUUGUGUAUACUCGUCUUGUCGAUAGUUGUAAACAAUGCUCUGAUUGGUUUAGCUGUUGGGGAUACCGAUGAAGUCAUGAAAUCAGCAAAAGUUGAUAAAUUUAAACGGAGGGUACGAGUGACAGGUUUUUAAAAGUUUUUAUGGGAAAUGCCCAAUUGUGAUCCAUUUUAAUCAGUUGGCCAUUCCCGAAGUAAGGAGUAAUUAGGGUAAUCGCUCGCAUCCGAGAGACUUCGUGGCUACGGGAAGGGAAUUAGUUGUCUCAAAAGGGCAGAGGAGGGAGGUGUGCAUAACCGAGGUUACGAAAUUACAGUUCUGAUUUACGAGCACGGGUAGCGUCAUUUUGUUGAGUAAUUUUUACUGACAUAUAGGCGUACGGGGAAGGGAAAACUUAGGAAAGAUAACUUCGGGCAGCCCCUAAAAACAGGCCCGAUUGAAUAUCUGACGAGCUCUCCGCCUCAUGCUAAGUCUGAACAUUGAAUCAUUAAAUCCCAAGACUGAAUAAUUCAAUCCUAACAUUGAAUCCUUGAAAAAUGACGGUUUCAGGAAGACGGCCACAAACAUGUUUAUUUCAGGAAAUUCUUUUCCACUGGAGCAUGUUUACAUAUUUCGUGUUCUGUUAUUAUAUGCAUGCGUGACAUCAACCCGAACUUUUGUUGCAAGAAAGUGUUUUUCAAAACUCACCUAUACAUGGUUAUUUUAUCAUAUUUGAUGAUAUUUUAUGACUUUUUUCUUUGAAGGCUGAUUUUAUUAUUCAUCUGGAGAAAAGUGUAAACACCAUCCCUUACCUGAGAAUGACAGAAGAUAAAUUCCACAUUGACUUUCCUCAACGAAAACAGAAUCUCUACCAAAAAGUCGUGGGUUUACUGUACUUCGGUAGCGAAAUGGACGCAGUCGACGGUGAGGAAAAUGAACAUGAAUAUGAAAUGGAAAUUACUUUGGAAGAUCAUUUUGAAAAAACGGUUGAACUUAAAUUAGAAAAAUUUCGUUCAAGCUUACGGGAUGAAUUGAAUGUAAUCCACGAUCAAAUUAAAGAAGAUCGUAAACACUUGGAAGAAAAGAUGGAAAUAAUAUUAGAGAAGUUGAAGUAAGCGGAAGUCAGGAAUUUUCUCUCCUGCAUGGGGCCGGUUGUAUAAAAAAGUGAUUAAAGUUAACUAUAGUUAGUGGAAACGUCAUCCAAUAAGGAGGGUCUAGAUGGGGUUUAAUGUUAAGUGUUGACGGCCCAUAUUCUAUAGUGUUUAAUGUUGAAACGCUAAAUAUUUUGUUGUUUACUGUCAUGGAAGACUUCGCAGUUAAGUGUUGUAAUUACUAUAAAAAGUCUAAUGCAUUUCAAAAAGGGCUUUAAACUACUAAAUUUCAGACAAAAGAAUACGAAACUAUAUUAAAAGCGAUGUCAGAGUGUGUUUACAGGUCUUACAGAUCUUUAUAGCUUUUACAUCACUUGUCACCUUGCCCAGCACCUGCAUCUUUGCCUUCAUGCAGGCCAACACAUGCGCAUAUGGGCCUGGUGUGCCAAUUACAAAAUAUGCAAAAUAUGUCUUUGAUGGUCUUAGAGACUGUGCAUUUGCUUCCUACAUAUAAUUAAGUGCGUUUUUACGUCUUCAUGAAAUUAGCAAAAUUUUACUAUUAUGUGAAAUUUUUUACUGUUACUGUUAAAUUACUAAAAAAUCAAAUGUUUACUGUUUUGGGCACCACCCCAUCUAGACCCUCAAUAAGAAGCGCGUAUUUGAGAGUUAAUCACUAUUUAACUACAAAAUAGUGAUUAAAAAAGUGAUUAAGAGUUUUAUACAACCGGUCCCUGGCUUUUUUGCAAGGAAGUAAAGUUCAGGAGUAAAUAUAUGUCGCUGUAUAAUAAUGGACAUAUAAAUCGAAAAAGUAGAGCUGCUAUUCAACAUAUGCAUGAAUUUCUCAGAUUGCAGAGCAAAGAGAGAAAUUACUAAUUCAAUCUAAACAAUUUUGGCAACUACCGAUUGUUGUAUAUAUAUGUACUAUUUAAAACACGAGUAGGAGUGUUUUAUCAGAUAUAAAACGCUCGGCGCUUAAAAUAAGACUACAAAAGAAUACUAAUUAGGAUGAACCAUAAUAUAAUUAUGCUAAUUAAGAUGAACAAUUAUAUAAUGCCACAUGUGUUUUAUCAGAUAUAAAGUCACUCCACGUGACAUAUUAUGGCUGACAUGAUUUGCCACAAGGUUUAUGAAUUAUUAAUGAGUAUUUUAAAUUAUUAACAUAUAUUUAUAUAUAUAUUCUCAACAUUACCCUAACCCAUGCGCGUGAGUUACUCAAAUUUCGAGCAACUACAAUCUCGUGCAAAAAUAAUGAGACUUUUGAUAAUUCGUUCUAUUUCCGUGAUUACUUCGCGAUCCCUCUAUACAAUGUUGAAAAAAAAAAUUGACCUGACAAUAUACCUUUGUAUCGUUUGUCCAACAUUGUUUGUGGAUGGAGGGGGGUAAUGACUUAGUUGUCUCAAUAAUUUUUGCAAGAGAUUGUAGGUUUACAUAACACAUAACAGUAAAACUUCUUGUUUCUAAUGUGGCUUAUUAAUGAUGUACACGUGGUAUGUAUAAGAUUUCACUGCACUGUUUAAAUAUUCGCACUUUUUCUAUUGUAUUUUUCUUUCAAGUUUUCUAUCUGAUGCUAUUUAUAAGCAGACAUGAAUUGGACAUCUUGUUUGAAUACUAAUUUUUUAUACUUAUUAAGUUAUAUUUACAUUGCACAAUUAAACAUAAUCAUUGGUGUAUAUACGAGUGUCAACCUUAACCCUGCCUCGUACCCAGGCGCUUUGGGUUUUUUACGUCAUCAAGCGCACGCCGGACGGCAAGCCAUAGAAGGAACACAUCAACACAUGCAUGGCGCCUGGGUGCGAGGCAGACCUUAACCCAGCAACAACGAUACGAGGUCAACGCAUGCAGAUAAGUGCCAAUUAGCCUUUCUCACGAAGGCCAAUUCGCUAUUUUGGAGAUACUUUUUUGAAAACGACGUGAAAAAUCUAAGCAAUGUGAAAACAUUUUUUUCAAACAUUUAACUGUAAAUUAACUUAUAAUGAUUAUACUCACAAUUAUAGUUAUACAAAUCCCUUAUUCACUACCCCAAAAAGGCAGUACCCCAAAAAUUGCGGGGUGUGAAAGGCUAACUGUUUUACCUGCAAUUGUUUUACCAAGAGAAACUGAGGUCUGAUGCCACGAUGUUUUUGUUACCUUUGAGACGUAUGGACGAAUUUAAGCGCGUUUUACACUUGGCGAAUUUGAUUGCGCGAAGCGAAAACCAAAUUUCGGCAAUGUGUCUGGUUAGCGAAAAAAUUCGCCCCAAAACAAAUUCGCCUACAUAUAGUGGCCUGAUUUCCACCAGGCGAAUUUUUAACCAAUAAGAUGCGCGCUUUUUUUCUUGAUGCUAUGAAAAACUCCACUUCUCUCUAAAUCGUCGCGAAUUUUUAUGAUGAUCGUCAUAAAAAUCGUCUCAAAAAUCGUCUAGUGGAGAUCCGCCUUUAAGGGUUAGUCCUACAUGCGGUUACUGUAACUUCUAGAUACUUUAGAUGUACUGAAUAAGUCACGGUUGUUUACUCGGCGAAAUUGUGUUAAUUUCAUGGUAUGGCGUACAGAAAGACAGCAAUAGAGAAAUUUGGCUAACGUUUGUUUAUACCCAAUUCUCAAUUGUUUACACCCAAUUCUCAACAUUGAUAACUAACAUGCCUAGUUACUCAUCGUUCUAGUUUACAGAAGCAUAGAAUAGAAGGAACAUAAUUUGAUGAUCUUAUUGACACUAUUUAGCCCGAUUACUUAAUUUUCACACCUGACGUAAUGAAGACGGUUAUUCAGUAUAAACACCGCACAAAAAGAAAGUCCCCCCAAAUAUAUAAUCACAAGUUUUAAAUAAAAUGUUUUAAGGCUAAUCUCCACUAGGAUUUUUGACGAUUGUCAUAAAAAUUCGCGACGAUUUAUAUAGAGAGAAGUGGAGAUGUAAUAGCAGCAAGAAAAAGAGCGCGGAAUCUUAUUCGUCUGGCACUCGACGAAAAGUAGAAGUCAAUCCUACUUUUCGUCGAGCGCUAGACAAUCGCUCUUCGAACAUUUUUUUUCAAUUGCGCAUGUGUCGUCCCGAACUGUUUUGCCGAUCGUUUCAAAAAUCGUCUAAUGGAGAUCCGCAAUUAAUACGUCGAAUUUCGGUCGCGUCGAAUGCAAUUCAAACAAUAGAUAUGAAGCUUAAGGUUACAUGCAGGACACUCAUUUUGGCGUUUUGCGGAAAAUCGCUACUGCGCGCUCAAAAUCAGUCCGAUUUUCAUCAAAUUUUCACCAGAUGUUCGCCAGUGCAUGCAAAAUAUGGUAAAGUUAUAAAAUUAACAAACAAUAAAAUAAUGUACGAAUUAUUCAGGAAAAUCGUAAAUCGCAGUACCGUUACGCUUUUGAGUUGUGCUCCUGCUGGUCAUAAGUUAUAUUUAUGAAAAUAUCAUUUUUAAACAGUAAAAUAGUUGUUCUAAAAAACUGUGUUCGGAAAUUUUUGUUUAUUUCGUCAUUCCGCUGAUAUGGCCAUUUCUUUGACGACUGCAAUAUAUUUCUGAAUUGUUUGAGUGAAUUGCUCUUUAUUAUUAAAGUAUCCAAAAUUAGAACAAAGCCGAACACAAUUUUGA